UCAUUUCAUUUCAUUUCAUUUCAUUUCAGUUAUAUUACUUCAUUUCAUUUCAUUUCAUUGUAUUUAAAUUUUAAUUUACGAGAAAGCACUUUCUGAACACAACCACGGACUCUUCCAGCUCUCGCCGUGUGCCCACGGUGGCAUGGAGUCCUUCUGAAGCUGAGUGUGCUGAGCCACGUGCUGCUGCUGGUGCUGGUGGUGGUGCUCAGCGUGCAGGUUUUUCAGAAGGUGCUGACGCCUCUGAGUGCUCUGCAGAACAAGAGCGAGGCCGAGGGAAGGAACACGAUGGAGGAGUACGUGUCUCCCUCCCUGCUGCGCUACGUCUGCUGCUGGAACGGCUCCGCAGGCCACGGGGGCUGCAAGCUGUGCCCCCAGUAUUGGCAGCUUUCUGGGGACCACUGCUACCAGGUUUCCAAAUCGACUGGGACUUGGAGCCAAGGCAAAGAAGACUGCGAAAGGCGGGGGUCCUAUCUGGCCGUGCUCCGAAACAAGGCUGAUAUGGAGCGCUUAAAUGAGGGGAUCCAGCAGGAAUACAAGGAGAAGCUAACAGUGUGGAUCGGAUUAAAGGCAUCCAAGAACACAUGGAAAUGGGUGGACAACUCCUACAAAGCCGCUGCGUUCAGUCUCAGUCCCCUUGAGAGCGUGGAGAACGGCUGCGCGACCUUCAAAGACAAGAGGCUGGAGGUUGAUGGCUGUGAAAGCGACCACAAUUGGGUUUGCCAGAAAGCACCUUUCCCUCUCAUCUCAAAGACUGCAGGAGAGCUGUGCGGUGCCCGCCCCAAAAAGUCCAGCCCAUAG